CGCUGAAAUUCAGAGAUUUCGAGUUCUUCGCAAUUUUAGCAUCGUCACAGCAUUGUCGCUUUGUUAAAGCGGCUAUGCCGCGAACAACCGUUUAAUUGAGCUUGUGUCACCUUUUAUGAUGUCAAACAGAUCUCCAGACCCCUUCUAUACCUUGCGAGGUCACGGUGGUCCCAUAACGACGGUCGAGUUUUUCGACGAUGUUCUUUUCUCAGGAUCAUCGGACGGUGAAAUAUUUGCUUGGGACCUCGAGACGUUUAGGAGGAAACACACCCUCAUAGGGCACAACAAUAAAGGCAUUUUAUGGAUCGGACAUUCUGAAAAUGCUUUGUUAACCCAGGGUCGUGACGGCACUGUGGCAAUUUGGACGUCGAGCGAUAGCCAGUGGAAGCAAUCAGGUACCAUGGUGACAAAUGCCAAAGGAUUCUGCCAGUGCAGCCUUCCUAGCGCAGCGUCUACACUUAUUGCCACGCCGUCCGAGCCAGACUGGAAGAUUACACUGUGGGAUUUGGAGAGCCAGAAGACCGUUGCGUCCACUCUCGAGUCAAAGGAACAGCUCGGCAUGGCAAUGAGCAUUAAGCUCAGCAGGGACUGCGACAGCGUUCUUGCCGCGUACGAAAACGGCAGCGUCGUCCAGUACGACAUGCGCAGCGGUGGUACCCCGGUCUCGACAUUGACGCUGUACAAGGAACCAAUAAUGUGCAUGGACUUCGACGAAGUUCACAGGGAGAACAGGGGGGUAUGUGGUUCGGUGUCUAACGAACUGUGCGUGUUCGAAUUAAAUGACGGUCGACUCGUUGAGAGGCGGAGGCUGACGGUCACCAAUGAUGGCUUCUCUUCUCUGCACAUACGUACCGACGGCAAGAUUGUUGCAUCGGGCGGCUGGGAUGGGAGAAUACGCGUGUUCGGCUGGAAGAACAUGAAACCACUUGCGGUGCUGGAUUUCCACGAGGAAUCUGUGCAGGCUGUGAAGUUUUCGGAUAGAGAACUGUGCAAGGCGGGCUUGCUUCUUGCUGCUGGCAGCAAAGAUAGGACAGUGUCCCUGUGGUCUCUAUACAACUGAAGUUGAUGACCAUUUUUGUGCCAUAAA